AACGGCAGAACAGCUCCUCAGUCCGUGACAAUGGCUGCUCCGACCAAAAAACGUGACCAGCGAGUUUUCCCACUUUCCAGGGAAGAUGAUCAAAGUUCGUCAAGUAGCGAGGAUAACGAGAAGGAACCGCUGGAAGAAGAGGGAAUGGAAAUUCAAGUAGACUUCGAAGGAAGAUAUCCAGUGGAUCCGGAUUAUCAUGGCAUUAAGACCUUACUACAACAAUUGUUUUUGAAAGCUCAUGUUGAUUUAGGUGGUCUGGCAGAUUUAAUAAUCCGUGAAAACUACGUAGGUUCGGUUGUCAAACAAUCGGCGGAUUUAGAGGAAUCGGACGACGAAGAUACCGAUGUCAACGACGUGUUUGGUAUUACUACAGUAAUUAAUUUAUCUUCUAAACAGAGUUAUCCUUGUAUACAACAACUCAGAGAAUUACUGACGCAAAUGGCAAAGGAACAUGCGACGGACACAGUAGACGCUAUGAUAAAAAAUCUUCUUGAAAACGAGACGGAAGUAUUAGGUUUAUUGAUCAACGAAAGAUUUGUUAAUAUUCCAGCACAGAUAUCCGUGCCACUUUUGGAAAAUUUAAUGUCCGAUAUAAAAAAGGCAAAUAACAAGAAGAUGCCCUUCAAUUUUUCAUAUUAUAUAUUAAUCUGUAAAUUCUAUAAGACAAAAAGACCGGAACUAGUUAAAAAACCAAAAAGUAAAAAGAAAGAUAAUACGUGUGAACCGGCUAUUAUAUGGAGCAAUCCGGAGGAAGAAAUUUUUGCGCAGGAAGCAACGAUAAGCUUUGAAUUUUCAGUCGAGAAAGAAUCGGACAGUGCUGUAUCUGGAACAUGGACCGAGUCUGACAAUGAAAUGACACCUUACAGGAGAGUGCUUCUCUUCGAAGCUUUCAGAUUACAAUCAAUUAUCGACAGAAUAAAAAGUGAAGUACCUUAAUCAAUUUGAAGGACUAACGUUAAUUCGUCUCAUAUUCCUAAGAAAAAGAAAGAACAAACACCUUCCUUUCGUGUAACAAAGGAAGGUAUGCGCUUUCGAAAGUUGGUUUCUUUGACAAUCUAUUGUACAACGAACUACUAUGUUUUACAUGUAAUCAGCUUUUUAUAAUACACCUUUUCGUACUGCUUACUGCAAA